AAACCUCCUCCUCCUCUUCGCCACCGCCACCAGAAAGAGAGCCGAAGAAGCGAACAAGGGAAAGGAAGUACUUUCUUUUCUCCUGUUCUCUGACUCGCUGCUCUCUCUCUCUCUCUCUCUAAAACUUCUUAUCCAAUGGCUGCUUCCUUGCUCUCCAAAACUAAGCCCCUCCUCCACGCGAUCCAACGGCGGGGUUACGCUGCAGCAUCACAUGGUUCGGUGGCAGCUGGAUUCGGUAGGGGAGGGUCCAGGAAUGCUAUGGUGGAGGAGCGGGUUGCGAAAGCGAUGAAGGAGGAGUCUGGACUCGGAGCUCCUUCAUCUGCGUGGGCCCCGGAUCCGAGAACUGGAUACUAUAGGCCCGCCAAUCGUGCGGACGAGAUCGACCCGGUUGGGCUUCGAGAGAUGCUGUUGAACCACAAAGCAAAGUGACUACUGACUAGUUACCUUAGAAGAAAGAGCCUUGCUAUUUGAGAAUUAUGUUUAAUUAAUCCAGAUUAUGUAAGUUGUUUAGUGUUAAGCUCAGAGUGACAGUGGUGGUGGUGUUUUUAUCCUAUUAAUAAUCAUAAUAAUCAUGUUUUGUUAUCGUAA